ACCCGACACCACACUUCCUCAUUGCUUUUUUUUUGCGACAACAACAGAUAGAAACGGAGACCCGGUGGUAUCGAAUACAACAAAUAUCGGCAUUUAAAUCGGGGAAAAAAGUAAGGAUCGAAUCUCCGAGAGCUAGGAACUGAAGACACUCCUUCGCACGCGCAGGAAAAUUCAACAGCUACUCAUCCGGUGUCGCGUUUAUUUAUCUAAAGCGGGGUUUUCUUUUUAGUCUUUAAAACUUUUGCGCUAGCAAAAGGCCAGCGUUUGUUUAGAGUUUCGUGAAAAAAAAAAUAAUAAGAAGAAGAUAUCAAAGAAAGACGCCAUGGUGCUGAAAUCAGAGGACGGUGUCGUGCCAGACGACCUCACUCCUGAGGAGCAGCAGGAGCUCGAGAACAUCCGGCGACGCAAGCAGGAGCUGCUGGAGGACAUUCAGCGUUUGAAGGAUGAGAUAGCCGAGGUGACCAGCGAGAUCGAGAACCUGGGCUCCACUGAGGAGAGGAAAAACAUGCAGAGGAACAAGCAGGUGGCGAUGGGCCGUAAGAAGUUCAACAUGGACCCUAAGAAGGGGAUUCAGUUCCUGAUUGAAAAUGAUCUUCUGAAGAACACCAGCGACGACAUCGCUCAGUUCCUCUACAAGGGCGAGGGCCUGAAUAAGACAGCAAUAGGGGACUACCUCGGAGAGAGAGAUGAGUUCAACAUCCAGGUGCUGCACGCUUUUGUGGAGUUGCACGAGUUCACCGAUCUGAACCUUGUUCAAGCGCUCAGGCAAUUUCUUUGGAGCUUCAGGCUGCCAGGUGAGGCACAGAAGAUUGAUAGGAUGAUGGAGGCUUUUGCCCAACGCUACUGCCAAUGCAACCCAGGAGUCUUCCAGUCCACUGAUACGUGUUACAUCCUUUCCUUCGCCAUCAUCAUGCUGAACACCAGCCUUCACAACCCCAACGUGAAGGACAAGCCCACUGUGGAGCGCUUCAUCUCCAUGAACAGAGGCAUCAAUGACGGCGGAGAUCUACCAGAGGAACUGCUACGAAACCUGUACGAGAGCAUCAAGAACGAGCCUUUUAAAAUCCCAGAGGACGACGGCAACGACCUCACACACACGUUCUUCAACCCUGACCGAGAGGGCUGGCUACUCAAACUGGGAGGGGGACGUGUCAAAACCUGGAAGAGACGAUGGUUCAUUCUCACAGACAACUGCCUCUACUACUUUGAGUACACUACAGACAAAGAACCCAGAGGAAUCAUUCCUUUGGAGAACCUGAGCAUCCGAGAAGUAGAGGACAAGAAGCCGAACUGCUUCGAGCUCUUCAUACCAGACAAUAAGGAUCAGGUGAUUAAGGCGUGUAAAACGGAGGCGGAUGGCCGUGUGGUGGAGGGCAAUCACACAUUUUACCGCAUUUCUGCUCCCACCACUGAGGAGAAGGACGAGUGGAUCAACAGCAUCAAGGCGGCGAUCAGCAGGGACCCGUUCUAUGAGAUGCUGGCUGCCAGGAAGAAGAAAGUCUCCUCUAUGAAGAGGCAUUGAAUCUGCUCAGGGUGAUUCAGGGCUGUGUCAGAGAACUGACACUUGCAGUGGGAGGAUGAGACUGGUCUCCUUCCUGCUGCUUCCCCCCUUUCAAUAACGUAGUGUCUUUACGGGGACAGAAUGAGGUUUGAGGACUAAGUAGGACAUUAGAGAUUGGACAAAGCCAGGACUAGGCUCUAUCGUGCCCAGCAGGAACUGUGCCUCUGCUCCUCUUCCUGUAUAAAUGUCCCUCACCUCUCUUUCACCUCAAUGUGUGUGUGUGUGUAUAAAUGUCCCUCACCUCUCAUUUUCCUCAGUGUGUGUGUGUGUGUGUGUGUAUACAGGCUUUUCUCUUGAAAAUCCCCAAAGAAUCAAUCUCAGUCUGAAUGCGAAACCAAAAUGCACCCUUUCUCUACCCUCUCUCUGUCUCUCUCACUGUUUCUCUCUCUCACUGUUUCUCUCUCUCACUGUUUCUCUUUCUCACUGUUUCUCUUUCUCACUGUUUCUCUCUCUCCCUGUUUCUCUCUCUCCCUGUUUCUCUUUCUCACUGUUUCUCUUUCUCACUGUUUCUCUCUCUCCCUGUUUCUCUCUCUCCCUGUUUCUCUCUCUCACUGUUUCUCUCUCUCCCUGUUUCUCUCUCUCACUGUUUCUCUCUCUCCCUGUUUCUCUCUCUCUCUUUGUCUCUCUCUUUUAAACAUGUCUUAACAUACACACACACACGUUCUUGUUUAAUCAGCAGGUCUGACAGAAUGUGGGUUACCAAAAAAAAAAGAAAAAAGGCCUCUCCUUAAUUUCAAGACAGGAAAGACCUUCUUGUAUGCUUUUGUUUUUGUUAUGUACAGGCAAUAAGUGUAUUUUUUACAUUUCUAUAUCCUCUGUAUAUUCUUCGGCUCUUGUCGUUUUGAUAAACAUCACUGAAAAGCACCACACGGCUUUCAGGAGAUGAACGAGGCUGUGUUUAGUGUACACAGUGUAGGAUAUAUAAUGUAGGCAGAUUUACUUCUACACUAUCCAGCUGAAAGUAUGUGGACACAUGACUGUCACACCCAUGUAUGGGUUUUCCCCCCUAACCUAACCCUUGCCACAGAGUGUGAAGCACACAGUUGUCUAGAAUUUCUUUAAAUGCGGUCUCAUUAGGAUAUCACUUCCCUGGAACUAAGUAGCUUAAACCUGUUUGGUAUGACAAUGCCAGGAGGUAUGUGGAUUAAACACCAGUGUGUCACACUCCAAAUAAGUGCUCUUGUAUUUGAAUGAGUAGAAAUUCAUCCAGCUCUGCUCCAACUUCCUAGGAGUCUUUAUAUAAAUGCUGUUUGAUUUUAGAAUGAAAUUUUCAGCAAACACAAUAUGGGUGUGAAGGCAUCCAUGUACUUUUGGUCAUACGGUGUUAUGUCAAACUAGGAGUGUGUGUGUGUGUGGCUCCUCCAGUUUCUUGUAUGCUAAAAGGCUGUGAAUUCUGACCAUGUGAUUUCUCCCGAAACCAUUGCCAGUAGUAUCGAGUCCCAAACUCUAAACCUGCCUAAUACAAUUCAAUUCACAAAUCAUUCUCAAACCUAAACCCAGGGAAAAAACCCUGUUCAAGUUCAUUUGUCAUCACACAAAACUUGUUGCGUCUCUCACGAGUCGUCACGUCUGACGUAACUUGAGCUCUAAAUAGCUUACUGACCACAGAAUGCCCCCUUUUCUUUCUUUUUUAACCUAUCAUGACACAGAGCAUGCUUUAACUUCACUCUUUCUGUUCUGCUUUUCCUUUUUCUUUUCUUUUCUUUUUUUUUUUUUUACAAUUUUACCAAGCUAGCAGAUUCUAUUCUCUGAGCAGAGUCAUACAUCUGAGCAGUAUUGGCUUAUUUAUCAAGGAUGUAAUAUACUUCAGUGUAUAGUGAGUAUCUUUCUGCAUUUUAUAAAAAUAUAUAUAUAUAU